CUCAACAGCGACCUGGCCAACCUAGGGGCCGAGUGUGUCCGGAUGCUAGACUCGGGGGCCGAUUAUCUGCACCUGGAUGUAAUGGACGGGCACCCUUCUCUUCAGGGAGGUCAGUUUUAUUUUUGGUCUGUAGCUGAGUAGACAGUUGGUGGCUCUUCUCUCCCAGCAGCUUGCGUGGCACCGUCUAGUAUGAAAACGCUAGCCAUCUCAGCAUCAGCUCUGCAUUUCUACGUCCUGCAAACAAAAGGCAUUUUGUUCCCAACAUCACCUUUGGUCACCCUGUGGUAGAAAGCCUCCGAAAGCAGCUAGGCCAGGACCCUUUCUUUGACAUGCAUAUGAUGGUGUCCAGGCCAGAACAGUGGGUAAAGCCAAUGGCUGUAGCAGGAGCCAAUCAGUAUACCUUCCAUCUGGAAGCUACUGAGAACCCAGGGGCUUUGAUUAAAGACAUCCGGGAGAAUGGGAUGAAGGUUGGUCUUGCCAUCAAACCAGGAACUACAGUUGAAUAUUUGGCACCAUGGGCUAAUCAAAUAGAUAUGGCCUUGGUUAUGACAGUAGAACCUGGGUUUGGAGGACAGAAAUUCAUGGAAGAUAUGAUGCCAAAGGUUCACUGGUUAAGGACCCAGUUCCCAACUUUGGAUAUAGAGGUCGAUGGUGGAGUAGGUCCUGACACUGUCCAUAAAUGUGCAGAGGCUGGAGCUAACAUGAUUGUGUCUGGCAGUGCCAUUAUGAGGAGUGAAGACCCUAGAGCUGUGAUCAACUUGUUAAGGAAUGUUUGCUCAGAAGCUGCUCAGAAGCGUUCCCUUGAUCGAUGAGCACAAGGAACCUGGUGUUUCUGUUCAUAAACCUUCUUUUGGCUGGAAUAGAGGAAUACUGACUAACAAAUCAUCUUCCAGUCAAGGCAAAGUUGCUUCUCUGAGAAACUAUCCAUUCCAGUGAUUAAAAUCCAUUGUGCAGAAUGUUUCAGGAGGGUAGAAAUUGGGGUGUAUAACUACAUUUUAGUGGUGCAACUUAAAGAUUAGUAUGAUAAAGUACUGUUUAUACUGGGAGAAUUGAUUUUUGUAAAGAGUGAAAAUAUGGCUGUGGUAAGGUUACAAACAGAAAUUUGUUUUAAUGCCAUCAGCAGGCAAAUUCACUAUUAUGAAAAAAAAAUUGCCUUUUUAAAAACAAUGUCCUGUUUCCCACCUUUAUUCUAAAAAAGCAAAGAACAUU